CGUGUGUUGUUGUCUUCGUCUUUCGUUGAGUGAACAAGAGAAACAGCGGUCGUCAUCUCUCCAGGUUGCGCCAUUGUGGCUUUUGCCACUCUGGCUGAUUGCGUCAGUCCUCAUCCACGUGAAGGGAUCCCAUUGGGGGAAUGAACGCUAUUCGUUUCUUCGGCCGUCUGUGAUGUUUCUGCUGUCUUACUCAUUCUUCUUGUGUCAUCUGGUCUUCCUUCUCGUCACUUCUCUGCUGGACAACAUGGUCGGUCAGGAGUCUGAUGUUUGCCGCACCUACACCCUGCUCUUUCAGCAUUUCGCGCUCUUCAGGUUUCUUCGACUCUCUAUGGUGUUCCCGUUGUCUUAUUCAUGCUUCUUGUGUCAUCUCGUCUUCCUUCUUCUCCUCACUUCUCUGUUGGACAACAUGGUUGGUCAAGAGUUUGAUGUUUGCCGCACCUUCACCCUGCUCUUUCAGCAUUUCGCGCUCUUCAGGUUUCUUCGACUCUCUAUGGUGUUCCCGUUGUCUUAUUCAUGCUUCUUGUGUCAUCUCGUCUUCCUUCUUCUCCUCACUUCUCUGUUGGACAACAUGGUUGGUCAAGAGUUUGAUGUUUGCCGCACCUUCACCCUGCUCUUUCAGCAUUUCGCGCUCUUCAGGUUUCUUCGACUCUCUAUGGUGUUCCCGUUGUCUUAUUCAUGCUUCUUGUGUCAUCUCGUCUUCCUUCUUCUCCUCACUUCUCUGUUGGACAACAUGGUUGGUCAAGAGUUUGAUGUUUGCCGCACCUUCACCCUGCUCUUUCAGCAUUUCGCGCUCUUCAGGUUUCUUCGGCUCUCUAUGGUGUUCCCGUUGUCUUAUUCAUGCUUCUUGUGUCAUCUCGUCUUCCUUCUUCUCCUCACUUCUCUGUUGGACAACAUGGUUGGUCAAGAGUUUGAUGUUUGCCGCACCUUCACCCUGCUCUUUCAGCAUUUCGCGCUCUUCAGGUUUCUUCGGCUCUCUAUGAUGUUCCCGUUGUCUUAUUCAUGUCGCCUUGUCUUUAUUUUCUCCUCUUCCCUGCUGGACAACAUGGUCAUUCGGGAGUCUGAUGUAUGCCGCACCUUCACCCUGCUCUUUGAGCACUCAGCGCUCAUCGUGUCUAUUCGUCUGCCUGUGCUGCUGCCACAAUGUCCUCUACUCCUGAUUUGUUUUCUCAUCAUCGCACUUUCUACUUCCUUCUCUAUAAAUCUUUAUAACUCAUGUAUUUCUGUCGUCUUUGGACCAGUAGUGCACUUGUUUGACAUAUCCAGUAAUAAUACUUGUCUUUCAUGUAUGUUUUUUGUUUGUCCCAUAUGGGACAUUUAGUUAUAAUAUAUAUAUACAUAUGUAUAUAUAUAUAUA